AUGUGUGCCCAGCUUCGGGCACCUUUCAGAGCCUUCUUCUUUGGGAAGAGGAAAACAGGAGUCGGAAAGCAUAGCAGCGAGAUAUGCCUUAGGGAAUUGAGUCUGGAAAAGCUAUCCCACUGCGUCCAUAACGAUCGAAACAUGUCUGAAAUGGUUCCUUCACAAUCAAAUUGCUUAUCUACGAGGAAGACAAGCGUCAUACUUGCCAAAGUUACAUAUCCUGUUAUUUUCGGUCUUUCUACAUUGUCGCAUCUUCUCCGUUCUCAAUGUUCAUUGAUGAGUCUCACGAUCUUCCCUCCUACCUUGGGCUACAGGUUCUAG